UUCGGAAACGCUGUUGGAGCUGUUGUGUUUUCCUCAGAACUAGCUUCAUGGCUAAAUAUCUCUGAUGACACGGGUUGUCGGCAGAUAUAUAUUUACAGUUUCAUGCGGUUAACGUUUUUAAAUCCCCGCAUCAUGUGAGAAAAGUGUCUGGACUGAGGAGGAUGCUAGCAUCGUUAGCACACCACUGCAGGAAAUGAGCUCGUUAGCUUAAACAGCCAGUCCAAGUGUUAUUAUGUGGCGUAAUUGUUCCUCUUUAUGCUCGUACUCGAUUUAAACAACCUCCGCACAAUGGACACGGAGGCAAUAGUGAUCCGUAUAAAGACGCCGUCAGGUGACAUGGACUCGGCCGUUGACUGUCCGUCUCUACUGAACUUCAAUGACUUGCUGGUUGCAAUCAGAGAUGUCAUGCCUGAAGCCACUGUCACAGCCUUUGAAUAUGAAGACGAGGUUGGAGACAGAAUCACUGUGAGAAGUGAUGAAGAACUCAAAGCCAUGUUGUCAUAUUACUUCAACACAAUGAAUGAACAACGCAUCAAUGGGCUGCUGCCGGACCCUCUGCAGAUUUUUCCACGAGCCGGCAAGACUCCAGGGAUCCGGAACAUACAUGGCCUGAAGGUUAAUACAAGACCUAACCCAGCCAAUGACUGCACUCAUGCCAUCCCAGACUCCAUGGCCAACAACAGCUUAAAAAAAUCAUCUGCGGAGCUGAAGAGGAUUCUGACAAAUGGGCAGAUAAAUGCCCAAGAUAUCCACUAUCAAGAGCAGCUUGGCCAUGGAAACGGAGGCACAGUUUACAAAGCGUACUAUCUUCUGGGCAAGCGGGUUUUAGCUGUCAAGGUCAUUCCCCUGGAUAUCACGGUGGAAUUACAGAAGCAGAUCAUGUCAGAAUUAGAAAUUCUCUACAAGUGUGAUUCACCCUACAUCAUCACUUUCUUCAGUGCCUUCUUUGUAGAGAACAGGAUAUCCAUAUGCACCGAAUUUAUGGACGGUGGUUCUCUGGACGUGUACAAAAGAAUUCCAGAGCACGUGCUGGGGAGGAUUGCAGUCGCAGUAGUCAAAGGCCUGACAUAUCUGUGGAGCCUGAAGAUACUUCACAGAGAUGUCAAGCCUUCCAAUAUGCUGGUGAACACCCGAGGACAAGUCAAGCUCUGUGACUUUGGUGUCAGCACACAGGUACACUUUUCCCAGAUGUUUGUAUUAUAUCAAAUGUCUCAAGAAGAAUAUCCUGCAGCUCUUAUUAUUUCUUUCUUCUUUACACAGUUGGCGCUCGGCAUGUUCCCCUAUCCACAGAUUCAGAAAAAUCAAGGAUCUUUAAUGCCUCUCCAGUUACUGCAAUGCAUCGUUGAUGAGGAUCCUCCAGUAUUUCCUGUCGGCCAGUUCAGUGAGAAGUUUGUUCACUUCAUCACUCAGUGUAUGCGGCGGCAACCCAAAGAAAGGCCUGCCCCUAAUAACCUUAUGGAUCAUUCCUUCAUCACACAGUUUAACGACGGUAAUGCAGAGGUGGUGUCGAUGUGGGUUUGUCGCUGUCUGGAGGAGAGACGAGCUCAGCAGACUCAGGGACACGUCUGACGUCCUCCUGCUGUCCGCCAAUGAUGGACCAGGACAUUUAAUCCUAAACCUUGAACACUUAUCAAAGGCUUCAGGGUCAAGUACGUCCAUAUGCACUGUACAAGUGACUCGAUGUACAUGGACAAAAAUCACUAGAUGUUACAAGCUUUAUGUGAGUAUUGUUUUUAUUUAACAGCACUCAUGCGCAGGGAGAACAAGGAGCUCACGUCCUUUGAACUUUGCACUUAUUCUCCGCAUCCUAGAGAGGUCUGCGCUUUCUUUCUAACGUGGGUCUCCAUCUGCAGCUUCGUCCUCACGUUUUUCGGGAAUAUAUAGAAAUGCCGUGAGCACAUUGCGGUCUGGUGAGUGGAGAUAAAUGUCUUAAAAGCAUAUACUGCAAUACGCUGGCAGAGUAAGGCUCUGUUUUGCGGAACGGUAUCUCAAAUAACCGUCUUGUUGACAGCCCUCUGGUGAAUGUUACGGUCUUUACCUGUGAGUAACUGUCCAUGUGUGUGUGCCUGUUUUUCCAGUGAUGUAGUUUAUUACCUCAGCAAACUUAGGUUGACACCGCAUUACUUCCCCCCAAUUAUUACUGUUUUUUUAAUUCCUGGACUAGAACAUUUGUAUCCACUUAUUCCUUAACGUUGUGAAGUCGGGUUAUUAAGUGGAUAGAAAGUUCUGCCUCUCUCCUCAAGGAGUGUUUGAGUGAACAACAAGCCGCCAGUACCGAUAACGUUGAAGCAGCUCUGAAGUGUUAGAGUGCAAGGAAAUAUUGACAUGCACCUUUUCUUGGUUCUCAAGCGUACGGACCAAACAAUGAAUUGUUCUCACUCAUCGGGAGGAGCCGGCUUCUCUCCGUUUGAACCCGUUUUUAAACUCUUCUCUUCUCUUAUAGCCUGACGUUGAAUGCCACUGAAUGAACAGGUGGAGAGAAAAUUGUGCCGAAGCAGUUCUCCGUUUUGUUAUUCAGGAAAUAUAUUUGUUUUUCUUAGAAUUCAGUAAGAAAAAGAAACUUAACAGAAACCAUAUCUUUAAUAAACCAACACUUUUUAUAUUCUAAGUUACUGUUUUAUCCACUUACUCACCAGUAGAUCCUUACUUGAGAAAGAUAUGUCGUGCUACAGAAAGCAUGCUUUUUUUAUUUGAUUGCCAAAUGAGAUCAGCUGAUAAAGGCAGCGCUUAACGCCAAAGACCACUGACGACCCAAAUGGUGAAUUGUAUGUAUUUCUCAUGACUUAAGCGAACAUAAUGGGUUAAUUUGACAAGGUUUUGGGGUGCAGCUGCUGAAAUGUGUUGAGCUCAAGUGCAAUUAAAGGCCAUUUCUUCUUCUACAAAGGCACAGUACGCGCAGCUUACAGGGACACGAUGUAUAUCGCUGGAAACGAAUGUAACUGCAGUAUAUCAGCGCAGAAGGAAAGGCGUAAAGCAGCAGUUUAUUAUACAUGUGAUGAGGAGUUUAUUCCGCACACUGUUCAAUGCGCUUUUGUCCUCUUUAAGGACAAGGAGACACGUGGAUGGUUGAUUUUCACCGGCCUUUUAACUGUAAAUCAUCCGAAACUUAGAACACAUUUGUUGUUUGGAGAACAAUCAAGCAUCCAUCGUGUCAUUCAUAAUUUGGUAAGUCUUCAAGAUUUCUUGUAGUUUUUUAUGACCAAGCUAGUUGGUCGUUUUUUGUUUUUCUUUGUCAUUUUGAUUAUCAAGCAUCUUAUAUCUCGACCAAGACUUAAUUUGCCAUGCACUGCUCAUUGUUUACAGUCAGAAUAGCAACUUGGGUUGUGGAGAUGGAUUUGAGAGAUGUGUACAACUACAAGUUUACAUGAUCAUUUUAAACCAAUAAAAAGCUAAAUCAUCGUCCGACGAUAGCCGGUGGGUUCACAGAAUACAUACUGGCCAAUGCAUUCUGCCUGUUUUGCUCUUCACAUGGACUACAUUCAACCAACGCCUGCUCGAAUGUGGUUGGUCAAUACUAAUCGGACUACAAAUACCAAAAGCCUUGUGCACCAUAAGGACGGGUAAAUCGGACUUCAAACACAGGGCCGUGUUCCCAGAUAUGGUGAACUCUCUGGAGAAGCAAGUCAAGAUCUUGUCUCAUCCACUUUUUGGCGAUAUUUCCGAUGCACGACCAAACACCUUAAUAACGGCUAUAAAUAGGAGCAAACCGCUACCCGGGGAUAACAUCAAAAGACGUAGCUUUGCAACAACCAUCACAACUACCAACCAAACUGUAACUCCUAAGCCCACAGUGCACGAGACGCCAAAGCCGCCUGUAACAACUAAGGAGUCAUCCUCAGAAUCCUGCCUUUAUUGUCAAGAGUCGCAUCCAUUAUCCAGGUGUUCAAAGCUGAAUAAAGUUUCUCAAAGGGAGAAAAUUGAAUUUCAGAAAGGAAAAGGAAUCUGUUUUGGAUGUUUGAAGGCCAGCGACAUGACUAAGGAAUGCAUCAGUCGUCUGACCUGUGAGGAAUGCAAUCUAAAACACCCAACUAUUCUACAUAUACAGGACAAAGACAGCAUUCACAAACCACAGGAAAUCGCAGUAAAUAGUUCACUAGUAUCUCUUCAGGCAUGUGGUUUUACAAAGACUGUACUCUUUCGAUUGUGCCAGUGCAGUUGAAAUCGAAGAAAGGUGAUGAGGUGCUG